UCUGCUCCUCCGCCUGACGGCAUCACGUGUGUGUGAGACCAGGAGGGCGUUCAUAUGUACUGCACACAGCCCGAUUCAGGGAGGCAGACUGGCUGAGCAACAACGACAUACGUACCGGGUUCACGUCGCUGUCAUUCCAUCACAGGGCUCCACGUUUGACAGACUCGGCCUCUGGUAGAUAACGGUGCCGAGGCUCACGGGAACCGGCCAACUCUGUUGCUGCCUCGGGUGUGCUCCACAGAGCUAACCAGACAUUAGCAGGUGAUGAGCAGGGGCCUUCUUCUUCUUCUUCUUCUGGUGGAUGCCCAGCUAAGGUUACCGACAGGGCACGCUGCUUAACAACACCACGAGACCUUACAUCAGGCUGUGAAACCCUCUGACAGCAACCUCAAGGAUCCGGACUCCAUCGAGACUUCAUGCUAGCUCUGCACGAGUUGGACAAACUAGCUAGCUAGCUAAACGCCUGGCGUGCAAGUUUUAUAUAAGCAGCAGCAGCCAACAAGCAAGACACCAGAGUCCUAAGUUUACAUCCCCUGUCUGUCUGUGCCAUGGGUCUACUGUCUCAGGGGUCUCCACUGAACUGGGAAGAAACCAAGAAGUAUGCAGACCACAUCAGAAAACAUGGAAUCAUUCAGUUUCUCAACAUCUACAACAAGGUGAAGGAGCGGCAGAGAGAUGUGCUGAAGUGGGGAGAUGAGGUGGAGUACAUGCUGGUGGAGCUGGACGACAAAGAUGAAAAGGUCCGGCUCGUCCUGAACGGCGGAGACAUUUUAGACACGCUUCAAGAACAGGGCGAAAACAUAAACCCAAACCACCCAACGCUCUGGAGACCAGAGUACGGCAGCUACAUGAUCGAAGGGACUCCAGGGCAGCCGUAUGGAGGGACCAUGUCAGAGUUCAACACUGUGGAGGGAAACAUGGGGAAGAGACGGCGAGAGGCCUCGUCGGUCCUGAACCAGAAUGAAACGCUCUGCACCAUCACCUCAUUCCCAAGGUUAGGUUGUCCAGGUUUCACCAAACCGGAGCACCAGCCGACCCCUGUUGAAAAGGGAGUGUCGAAGUCACUGUUUUUCCCCGACGAAGCCAUCAACAGACACCCCAGAUUCAGCACCCUGACCAGAAACAUACGACACAGAAGAGGAGAGAAAGUCACGAUUAAUGUGCCAAUCUUCAAAGACAAGUGCACUCCAUCUCCAUUCGUGGAAGAGUUUCCCGAGGACGACGGUGAGUCAGUGAGGGCGGCUCUGCCUGAUCACAUCUACAUGGACGCCAUGGGCUUCGGCAUGGGCAACUGUUGUCUGCAGGUGACAUUCCAGGCUUGUAGCAUUGACGAGGCCCGCUACCUUUAUGACCAACUUGCAACUUUCUGCCCCAUCGUGAUGGCGCUGAGUGCCGCCUCUCCUUUCUACAGAGGCUUUGUGUCAGAUAACGAUUGUCGCUGGGGGGUUAUUUCUGCCUCGGUGGAUGACCGGACACAGGAGGAGCGUGGGCUCAAGCCAUUGAAAAACAACAAAUACAGGAUCUUCAAGUCAAGAUAUGACUCGAUCGACAGCUACCUGUCCAGCUGUGGUGAGAAGUACAACGACAUCGAUCUGACGAUAGACGAGGAGAUCCAAAAGCAGCUUCUCGACGCAGGAAUUGACAAACUACUGGCCCAACACAUAGCCCACCUUUUCAUCCGAGAUCCUCUGUCAGUGUUUGAGGAGAAGAUUCACCUGGACGAUGAAAACGAGUCGGAUCACUUUGAGAACCUGCAGUCAACUAACUGGCAGACGAUGAGAUUCAAACCUCCACCUCCGAACUCUGAUAUCGGCUGGAGGGUGGAGUUCAGGCCCAUGGAGGUGCAGCUGACUGACUUUGAAAAUGCUGCAUACGUUGUUUUCGUCGUCCUGCUCACCAGAGUGAUCUUAUCCUACAAACUCGACUUUCUGAUCCCUCUGUCAAAGGUUGAUGAGAACAUGAAGGUGGCACAGAAGAGAAAUGCAGUGCAGGAGGGCAUGUUUUACUUCAGGAAGGACAUCUUCAAAGGCUGCAACCCCGGCCUGGAUGGCACUGCUUCAGCUCAGAAUGGUUUGGAGUGUGACGCCUCCAACGAAGAAUACAUGCUGAUGAGCAUCGACACCAUCAUCAAUGGAAAGGAUGGAGUCUUCCAGGGGCUCAUCCCAAUUUUAAACUGCUAUCUGGAAAACAUGGAGGUGGAUGUGGACACCAGGUGCACCAUUCUGAACUACCUGAAGCUCAUCAAGAAGCGUGCCUCAGGUGAGCUGAUGACCAUGGCCAAGUGGAUGAGGGAGUUUGUUUCAAAGCACCCGCAGUACAAACAGGACAGCAUUCUUACUGACAAAAUCAACUACGACCUCUUCAAGAAGUGCGACAAGAUCGCAAAAGGGGAAGAGCAGUGCCCCGAGCUCAUCGGGAACCCAGUGAACAGGUUCAAAUGAAGAACACAGCAGGAACCCACCAACAACGACACAAACUCGCAUGUGAAGAAAGACCAAAUGUGUGGCUCAGACAGAAAGCGGUCCAAUCUAAAGAGAAUGCUAAACGGAAUGAGUGUGUUGUACCAAACACACCUGCAUUAAAUGUAUGUAUAUAAACUGUACCAGAUUUUUAUGAUCACAAAUUAUUUUAAUAGGGUUAAGACUUGCAGAAGGUUGUGUAAUAGAAAUCAGAUGUGUAUUUAUUUUUCUCUGGAAAUUUAAGGCUCUGUGUGAGAAUGUAAAUGUAGCUAAAAGCUGUACAGUAGUCUGCUUCUGAUCCUGUGUUCUGUAAAUACUGUACCUCUGCUCUUCAAACAUUAACAUCAUGGGGUUUUUGUGUCUUUCUCUUGCUGCAUAUUGAGCUUUCUUUGCAUUCGGUAGAUGUUUUUUUUUUUCUUCUGCAUUUUACGGGAAUUGUUUGCUUUGCCGACAUCGUAGUGGGACCUCGAAGAUAGUGUUGCAUUCAAUUGGAAAAGAUGAACCAUUGUUUGCAAUGUGAUGCUGCUUAACAAUAAAUCUGUAAAACUGUAACAACCACUUCA